CUCUCUCUUCCCACUCCCUCUCUGAAAUCUAGAGACAAUCUGCAAGCACUCAACACCGGCACAGAACUCUGUUAGCAGGGAAGACUGAGGUAGUUGGAGAGAGAGAGAGAGGUUUGGAGAGGUAAAGUGCAGAUGAAGAGAGAAAAGUUUGGAUGGGAAGAAAAAAAACAAGACACAAAUAGUAAAAAAAGUUGAAGAGGAGAAAGAGAAAAAAGAAGAAGAAGAAAAGGCGAGGAUUUGAAAAGUGAGUUGUGGAGAGUGAACUAACAAUGGGCUCCCCAGUGUGCUGUGCUGCUGCUGUAGUUGUCUCACUACUGGGUCUCCUCUACUAUAGUCCCCCUGUAUGGGGCCAGGAGCUACAGGAGAGGGACGCUCUGUGCAACGAGGACGGCUGCUUCGUGGUCUACUUUCAGCGCAAGACCUUCCUGGACUCCUGGAGGAGUUGCAAGGAGAAGGGAGGCAACCUGGCCACAGUCAAACUCCAAGAGGGGGCUGACACUAUCGCUGCUCUCUUCUCCAGCGUAGAGCUACGGGGCCCCAGAACCAAGGUCCGGGUGUGGAUUGGUCUCCAGAGACAGCCUCGCCAGUGUACCGCCUCUCGCCCUCUCCGUGGGUUCUCCUGGAUUACGGGUGACCAGGAUACCCAGUACACCAACUGGCUGAGGGACGACUCACCCAGUACCUGUUCGGCCCCGCGCUGUGUGGUUAUGACCUAUGGCACAGCCGUCCACGAGCAGCAUGAUAAUUUUAAAUGGCUGGACGGCUCGUGUUCGGUGCCCGUGGAUGGCUACUUGUGCCACUACACCUACAAGGGCAUGUGCCCGGCUAUUUGGAGCGAGGGGGGCGGCAAUGCCCUCUAUAGUACCCCCUUCAGUCUCCUCAGUAGCCUCCUUACCCACGUGCCCUUUGGAUCUGUAGCCACGGUGCCCUGCCCGGGGGGCACAGAGGAGGAGCAGUCAGUGCUGUGUAUGCUGAGGGAGGAUGGCACUGUGGGGUGGUCCAGGGAGACGCCCCUCUGCUCCGACACCACAGAGAAGAGCUGGUGUGAUCGGGACAAUGGAGGCUGUGAGCAUUUCUGCCAGGAGGCCAGGGAACACUACUACUGUGAGUGCUCGGACGGCUUUCAGCUCGGUGACGACGGGCAGACAUGUGUUGCUGUCGACCGGUGCCACAGUGCCCCCUGCGAGUUCGAAUGCCUUCCGCUGUCGGACGGCUACCGCUGUGCCUGCCCCGAAGGCUACAUGCUGGCCCCGGAUGAGCGUGGUUGCCUGGAUGUAGAUGAGUGCCUGCAGAGUCCCUGCGAGCAGCUGUGCGUCAACGCCCCGGGAACCUUCGAGUGUCGCUGCCGCCAGGGCUACCGGCCGGACCAGGAGGGCGACUGCGAGGACGUGGAUGAGUGCAUGGAGGACCCCUGUGAGCACGCCUGCGAGAACACGCCUGGCUCCCACAUCUGCCACUGCCACCUGGGCUUCUCCCCCCUGCCMGAGGACCCCUCCCACUGCCAGGACACCGACGAGUGUCAGAUCCCUGGGACAUGUCAGCAGAUGUGUGUGAACUACGAGGGGGGCUUCGAGUGUUACUGCGAGGUGGGCUACGAGCUACUCUCUGACCAAUUCUCCUGCAGGAAGAUAGGGGAGGACUCACCCACCACAGUCACGCCCUCGUACCCCUGGGUCACCCGCCAACCCGGUUCCAAGUGGGACCCCCAGCAGACCUACACCGACUGGCCCCUGGAGGAGGAAGAGUCCCUGGACUGGCUCACAGACCCUCCCAGGCUGGAAAGUGACAUCAUCUGGGUCACCAGUGCACCCCAGGAGGAGCCAGUCCUAAACCACAACCCAUUCCUGCCCCCCCCCACGGAAGAGACCGAGGAGGAGGAGGAAGAAGAGGAGGAGGAGGAAGAAGAGGAGGAGUAUACACCUGGCUGGGACAUCAUGAAUUGGAAUGUUCCAGCCAAGGUCCAGCCAGAGUUGAAACCCACACCCAGUCUCUCUCCCAGCCCCACAUCCGACACAAUCCCCACCCCAACUCCCACCUCUGACAGGUAUUGGUUUGAGGAGGAUGAGGAAACCACUACCAGUCCCUCAGUCCUCCCCACCUCCACUAUCUCGGGAGGGGCCUGGAACUGGUUCUGGAUCAGUUCCACCCCCACCAGCCAGGACCAAGGACUUACCACAUGGCAGGAGCCAAUCACUGACCAGUAUGUCCCCGCAUCCAACUAUGAUGAAGCUGAUGAGAAUGAAGAAGUGGGGGUAAUUGACGAUGUGUGGGUGACAUCCCCCCCAGAGAUGGACCAGGACCCAGGCCAGCACAUCCCCUCCCUGCCUUCUCCCCUGGCUCCUCAAACCCCCCUCACACCCGACCAGGGCGUGGUGGAGGUGGAGAGGGAGGAUGAGAGGGGGCCGCCCCAGGAGGACGUGGUGGAGGUGGAGGAUGAGAGGGGGCCGCCCCAGAAGGACGUGGUGGAGGUGGAGAGGGAGGAUGAGAGGGAGCCACCCCCGGAGGACGUGGUGGAGGUGGAGGGGGAGGAUGAAAGGGGGCCGCCCCAGGAGGACGUAUUGGAGGUGGAGGGAGAGGAUGAGAGGGGGCCGCCCCAGAGGAGUGGUGGAGGUGGAGGGAAGGAUGAGAGGGGCUGCCCAGGAGGAUGUGGUGGAGGUGGAGGGGAGGAUGAGAGGGAGCCGCCCCAGGAGGACGUAUUGGAUGGUGGAGGGGAGGAUGAGAGGGAGCCUCCCAGGAGGAUGAGAAGUAGCCAGAAGCAGGAUGGUGCCAACUGGCUGCUGGUAGGCCUCCUGGUGCCCCUUUGUAUCUUCAUCGUGGUGAUGGUGGCACUGGGCAUCGUCUACUGCACCCGCUGCGCUGUCACACCACGCAACAAGUCCGCCACCGACUGCUACCAUUGGAUCUCUGGGGCGCACGACAAGCAGGGCGCGCUCAAUCCCAGCAAGGGGAUGCAGUCACAUGUUUAAACAGACGAAAUGAGGAAAGACUUGUAGAUAAAUAAACUGUUUUUAUAAAUAAGAGGAGAGGAUAUGAAGAAGGUAAGAGAGGACUUGGGUGGUUGUUUUACUGUAUGCGACUCUGUGAAACACUUGGAUGUUUCUGUGGAAUAUCGGUUGAAAGAGAAAAGAGAAGAAACAGGAAGCAAUACAACAACAAAAAAACUGAUCCUUUUCUUGGGGUGAUUUGACAAUAUUGUUGCUUACGCAGAUCUCACAGGACAAGGUAUAUGAUCCCUAUAUGAUUGCACUAUAGGGUCAUAAUAGAAACCAUCUAUUGGGAUUGUUGUUGAAUACGUCAUCUGGUUAUAGUUACAGAUGCUGUGGGAAUACACUGUUAAUGUAUCAGCAGUGCCAUCUGAAAACCUAAGCCAAAGAACUAUACUGUAGCUUCUAGCAUUUUUUGUUGUCCAUGAAAUCUGGGUGUCUGCAUCUUUCAAAGAAACGCUCAGGUUUUGAGCUCAUUCCCCAAAGUGUGGUGUCACAAAUUACUAUUUUUGUCAACUUUGUCAAAGAAGCAGGUUCUUAUUUACCUCAGAAGUUGGUGAAUGAAGGCGGUUGUGAUUCACGCUCCUUUGCAGGACAACAGACAUUUCAGCAGUUGAACCAAACUAUACAAGCAAGACUGUCAUGACGCUGUUGACUGUCAUGACGCUGUUGAGAAAAAGCAAUCACUCGGAUAUUACUUUUAUGCUUCUGCUUUUUUUAAGUACCGGAACAAAUCAAUUCACACCACAGACCAAAUUAGUUUUAUACAGUACGCGUGUAUAUAUGUGUUUGAUUGAUUGUUUUUGUAAAUGUAUAGUACGUAGCAAUGACUUUUCCAGAAAAUGUGUUAGUGUCAUGACUCCUGAUUCAAUGAAGUGCCUUUUGUUUCAUAUAGACCACAGAACUCUUAGUAAUUCCAUGGAAUGUCUGUCUGUCUAAGGGGAGGGUUCCUUCCAUUCAACUCCAAUUUAACUAACUCUCCUAGUCAACUCACCCAUGCUCCUCAUGUAGGUUUGAGUGUAGAUGUAAGAUGUAUUACAGACUACAAGGACUGUAAUGGGGGUCACAGGCUCCCGAUUGACUUUACCGUUGGCCUUUUCAGUGAACUAGUGAUCUUUCAAUCGCUCCCCAGUCCCAUGUCACAUACUGUAAGUGUUCAGCACGCCCCACUCCUUCUUGUUACAGGCCCGGCCUUAGCUGUCUAUGGACUUCCUUAAUAGCCAUGAUGGGACAAUACCAACAUUUACAGUUUGAAGUCAAUGCACCCUCUAGCAACUUUGACAGUAACUGCAGUCCCCAUUCAAAGGAUGGCUUGCACUUGUAAAUGACAGACUAUCAGAAAUGACAGACAAUGAAAUCAAUCUAAGAUGUGCCUUCUGAUCUAAGGACUGUGAAAUGCUUUUUAAAAUGUUUGUUACCCGUUAGGUUUUAAGUAAUUGUUAAUUAAAAUGUUAUGGUAAGGGUUC